CAUAAAUUGAUUUUUAAACAAUAUAUAGUCAUCAUUUAUAAGCAUUUAAUCUGUUAAGUGGCAAUUAUUAAAUAUGAUUGAAGUUACAGUGAUAUUGAUAUGUGUACUUUUAAUAACAAUAAUAACUUUUUUCGGUGUAAAAAGAGAACAUUAUAGAAAAAAAUACCAGGUAUUUUAUAGUCUACCCACUCCAUCACCAACUUUGCCAUUAAUUGGAAAUUGUUUUUUAUUUUAUAAAUUCGAUUACAAUUUAUUGAAAGUGUUUAAUUUGAUAAGUGAACAAGUUGGUAAUCCCUGUGCAAUUAACUUGCCAAGUAGGCAUUACUUUACUUCUUGCCCGGAGGAGUUAAAAAUCAUCCUAAACCAUCCAGAUGCUUUGGAGAAAAGCACUCUUUACGAUGUUUUUAAAAUUGUUUUUGGAAAAGCAUUGCUUUUGGAAUCAGUUCCACAAUGGAAAAAAAAUCGGAAACUGCUAUCCAAAGGGUUCAAUCAAAAAGUUCUUGACGGUUUUGUGGAUACAUUUUACAAGAUCAGUUGCAACUUAAAUACCAAAUUACAAAAUAAUAACUCAGAUCUUGUUUAUACAUUUCAAAAAAACUCAUGGGAUAAUUUUAAUGAAAAUCUUUUUGAAAAUACAACGAACAGUUUAGAUGAAGAGACUAACGAAUUUAUUGAUAUGAUAACAAAUGGACAACAUACGAUGACACAUAGGGUUGGAAACUUAAUAAAAAUGAACGAUUUUCUUUAUAAAUUCACAAAAGAUGGAAAAUAUCUUGAAGGAAUAAUGACACGAGCCAAGGACUUUUUACAAACUAUUAUCGUUAAAUACAAAAAAAAAUCGGAAAGAGAUGACCAAACAAAUAUUGAAGAAAAUACUGAUUUGAUGAAAUUACCUUUGUUAAAGUUGAUAUUAGCUAAAACAGAUGAUGAAUACAUUAAAAAGGAGUUGAUUUUAUUUGCAGCUGCUGCUACAGAUACGACCGCGUAUUCCAUGGCAUAUACAUGCAUUUUACUAGCAAUGCAUCCUGCCAUACAGGAAAAAGUAUAUAAGGAAGUAAUAAAUAUUGUGGGCAAGGACGAGGAGAUAACCUAUAACAUUUUGCCUUCAUUAAAAUACACAGAAAUGGCCAUCAAUGAAGCGCUUAGGUUACUUCCUGUAGUACCUUGGAUAGCUAGAAAAUCAACCGCUGAUAUAGAUUUAGGCACAAAAGUCAUCCCUCCUAAUACCGAUAUACACUGUUUUAUCUUUGGGACGCAUAGAAACGAGAAAUUCUACCCCGACCCAAAAAAAUAUGAUCCCGACAGAUUUUUGCCAGAAGAGGUCGCCAAAAGGCCUCAAUUCGCGUUUCUUCCUUUCUCUAGAGGGCCAAGGAACUGCCUAGGCUGGAAAUAUGGCAUGAUGGCAAUGAAAACGACCAUAGCGAAUAUUGUUAGAAACUUUCAUAUAAGUACGAAGUAUAAGUCCAUUGAUGAUAUGGAGUUCGUGUCCAGCAUUGUUAUGAGCCCAACGCACCCUUUAGAUUGUCAAUUUAAAAUAAGAAAAUAAAAUAAAAACUUUUUUUUUAUCCAUUCAA